AUGGCCUUGGUUACAACUGCUGAAAUUUGUGAUGCAAACUCACAACUAAUUACGAGCGGCGAGCUCCGGGCACUCCAGCCAAUUUUUCAGAUAUAUGGCCGGCGACAGGUGUUCUCCGGACAAAUAGUUACCCUCAAGGUGUUUGAAGACAAUGUGCUGGUUCGCGAGUUGCUUGAGGAGAAAGGCAAUGGCAGAGGCAAUGGCAGAGUUCUUGUUAUGGACGGUGGUGGAAGCUUGAGAUAUGCUAUAUUGGGUGGUAAUCCUGUAGUUCAAGCUCAGAACAAUGGAUGGGCAGGGAUAGUGGUGAAUGGAUGUAAAAGAGAUGCUGAUGAGAUUAAUGGAUGCCUGUCUAGGUGA